AUGGCAGCGGGCCCGUGGUGCUGGGGGACGCCGGCGGCGCUGGCGCUGCUGUCGCUGCCGCUGCUGCUGGUGCUCGGGGGCGCGCGCCGCCUGCGGCGGGGCCGCGCGGGGUCCCGCGUGUGCGCGCCGGGCGGGCGCGCGCUGGUGGUGACCGCGCACCCCGAUGACGAGGCCAUGUUCUUCGCCCCCGCCCUGCUCGGCCUGCGCAGCGCCGGGGCCGCCCCCGCCGUGCUCUGCUGCUCCGCAGGAAAUUAUUACAAUCAAGGAGACAUUCGUAAGAAAGAGCUGGAACAGAGUUGUUGUGUCCUGGGGAUUCCUGCUUCUGAUGUCACAGUCAUUGAUCACAGGGAUCUUCCAGACAAUCCUGCUGUGGAGUGGGACACUCAGCUCCUCGCCACCCUUGUCCUGAAGCACAUAGAAGCCAAGAACAUCAACCUGGUGGUGACGUUUGAUUCAGGAGGAGUGAGUGGCCAUGCCAACCACAUCUCUCUUUACUCUGCUGUCAGGUACCUGCAUUCAGAGAGGAAGUUACCUGAAGGGUGCCAUGUGCUCGUGCUGGAAUCAGUGAAUCUCUGCAGGAAAUACAUUUCCUUCCUGGAUGUCCUCAUUUCCUGCCUCCUGCCCAGGGAUGCACUCUUCAUCCUCACAGAGGAGGAGACUGAACAAGCCAAGAGAGCCAUGCGGUGCCAUCGCAGCCAACUCCUCUGGUUCCGCCGGCUCUACCUGCUCUUCUCUCGUUACCUGGUGGUCAAUUCACUGCGCCUGCUCUGACAGCACAGCACUCACAGGAGUAAAGAAUGAGCAAAAAAACCACUGUGCCAGGCCCAGGACUCGAGAAAGCUCCUGUCUUAGGUGCUCAACAGGAUGACGUGCUCUUUGUGUGGCAUUCUCCACGCUACAAAACCCAGGCUGGGUGAACUUCUUUCUGAAUAUCUUGUUGCCUGAUACAUUGAUAAUAAGGUUAACAGCUACUCUGUUUUCUCACCAAAAGAGCUUAAAUAAGAUGAGAAUUUUGGAUUGACUUUAACUGGGAGUCAAGCCCUGGAAAAGAUAUGCAUUGGAGAAGAUACGGCACAAACUGUUUCUACGGGAAGAUAGAGCUGCAAGGACUGCUUGGCAGCUCUCCCUUGGUGCUCUUGUAAAAUCCAGAUAUCAGAAUUAAUUUUUCAAAGACCAUGCUAUCUCCGCAGAUACCACAACCACAACAUCUUUGUUAUUCAGUCAGAACUUAAAAUAGCCAAAGCUUUUAAAUAAAACAUCAGAAAUCAUGAAUUUUUUUCUAA